UUACAAUUGUAUUUAUUGAUAGUGAUUAGUGUUUUGAGUUGGAACGCUUUCAAAACGUGAUAAUUAAGAUGAAUGAUGCUACCAAAAGUGUUUGUAACAAACUAGAAAGUGAUGAUCUCAUCUUCACCCCAUUUGGAUCGAGCUUUUAAGUAAGUAACUUUGGCGUGAAUGUGUGAGAAAGAGCAAAGGGAUUAGGCAAAAAUGAUGAGAUACUCUCAACAACUUUGUUUAUACCUACUCUCAAAGUUUAAACCAUAUUAUGAUUUACAUAUUUUAACUUUUGAAGCAUUAACUAAUUGUAUAAACACUUGUUUUCAAACGUCUUAUUUUGUCUUUAUCAAUCCAGAGCCCCAUAUUUGAUUAGCAGAAUAUUAAUGAGUAUGUUUAUUGCUGUUGAUAAAAAAAACAUUUUUUCAAACAACAUAUAUACACUGUGUUACAUUGAUUUAAUAUUGUUAAGUUUCAUAAUCUAACGAUUCAAAGCAAUUGGCGAUGACCACUUAAAUAUCCUAAAAAAAAUGAUUGCGAUGGUUAUCUAGCAUUUUAAUAGGAUGUGCUCGUGGUCUGAGCGUCGACAUAUUAGAAUACAUGAAGAUAAUUUAUUUUAAAUGAAUAAUGAAGGGUUCUAAGCGAUAAUUCACUAUUGCUUUUUAUGCACACACACACAUAUAUAUAUAUUGCAAUAUGAGACACUUUAAAUGUGAAUGGAAAAUGUUAGAUAAUUAGAUAUGGGAUAUAACGAGAGAAGAAAGACAAAAAAAGAACAGAAAGGCAAAGACUCGACAAACUGGGUUCGAUGAAGUGUAAGGCCAAACUUGUGUUUGUCCCGAGACAGACAACCCCGAGAACGAGCCUCAGUGGCGUGAACGCCUUUUUAAAUCUUGAAAUAAUAAACUAAUACAGUAUGCUUUUUAAUAUAGUUUCUUAAACUUGUUUUGGAACUCUCGCUUGUGUUUCGUGAACUUUUGUUUCGUGAACUUUCUUUCUCACAUACUUAUAUAUAAAUAUGUGUGUGUAAGUUCCUUUUGGUUGAUAUAAAGAGCAGAAGAAGAAAAAGAAAGAUAUCACCCGAAGAAAAAGUUCUCGUAGAAAUCACUUGAAGACAAUGAGGCUAAUUAGAGUCACCUUCUUGCUUUGUGCAUUGACCUUUUUAUUCCUUAUAACUUCAACUUCAGCAGCUGUAACCGAAAAGAUUAUGAGAAAAAUGGCGCCACGGAAACUCAUGAUCAUCUCUAGUGAACAUGAUAAUGUGAUGACAUCAGGUGCUCAUGAAGGUUCAAGUGAGCAACUUCCAGUCACUUCUUCUGGCAAUUCUAAGAAUGAAGAUAAGAGAUUAGGUGAAAAAGAAGAGGAGAAUGCUCUAGCGAAGUAUCUAUCGAUGGAUUAUCCAAGGUUUAGAAGAAGACGACCAGUUCACAACAAUAUGCCUCGAAGUCCAUGAAAAAUGCAAUUUUUAUUUCAAAGAAGAAUUAAUUUUAGCUAUAUAUUAGUCAAUUAAUUAAUUGAGUAACAAGUUUUGGCUAUACUUGUAAUUAACGGAAUAUGUUCGUGUUUUUUUUAUACUAUAUAGUUUAAAUUGCUGAAAAUGGCCGACAAACAUUGAGCAAAACCCUAAAACUCUGGUUUGGGGUUUGAGCUAAUUUGCUCUUCGUUUCAUGCACUGUAACAUGGUGACUAAUUUGGUUGUAAUUUCAUUCUAGAUUAAUAACUUAUUGUUGAAUGUUAUGCGAUAAACUGAUAAAAAGAAUAAAAUUUACAAAAAGUUUGUUAAAAAUGUUAUAAAAAUGAAUAGAAGUUUGUUGUGUUUUGUUUUUCUCUUCGGAAGUUACAAAAUUUCAAUGGACCACUUGACCAAACCGGUCAACAACAAACACAUGCACAAACAAUCUCUAUGCUGACCUUUUUUUUUUCUGUUUCCAUGUGUUUCCUGUUAUUACAAGCUACAAAACCUAAACUUAGCGACCCAUACACUGUGUCCAAAUUUUCUGUCUACACUACUCUCUUUCAUUGUAGGUAAUCGUUGCAACCACCAUCUUCCUUGUUGAAGGAACAAGUUACUUCAACCGGUUACGUUGCAAGGUAGAUGUUACUUCAAUCGUUCCUCCACAAGUUACUUCAACAAGUUCCUCAUAGUUGCAACGAGAGGCGUCUUCCAUGUGUCACAGUCUUAUUAGUAACCGGUUGAUAUGCCUUUCGAAUCCUCCUUUAUAUUACUUCAACAAGUUCCUCCACAUCCAUUUCUUUGUUUUCGAUGCCUUCUUUUUCCUUUUUGAAGCAUGCAGGUGCAUUAUUCU